AUGGAUGAAAUUCCUGAACUAGUUACAGAACUCCCUGAAAAUGGUGUUAUUAAAACUGAAAAAGUCCCAGCUGCCCCCUUUGUUCCUUCUUCCCUGACACCAACAGCAUUGGCCAAAAAAAUACCAAUUACUAUUGUUACUGGAUACUUGGGUUCUGGAAAGUCGACUUUAUUGCAAAAUAUCGGGAAAACUGCAAACAAGCGACUAGCAAUAAUUCUUAAUGAAUUUGGAGAUUCCUCGGUUAUAGAAAAGUCGGUGACAAUUCAAGAUCAAGAUGAUAGUGUUCAGGAAUGGUUGGACAUUGGCAAUGGCUGUCUUUGUUGCACUGUGAAAGAUAAUGGUGUUACUGCGAUUGAAAACUUGAUUGAAAAUUCUAAGGAUAAAAUAGAUUAUAUUUUAUUGGAGACCACAGGUGUAGCGGAUCCUGCCCCAAUUGCCAAAAUGUUUUGGUUGGAUGAAGGGUUGGCAUCAAAUAUAUACAUAGACGGAGUUGUAACAGUGGUUGAUGCCGAACAUAUAACCAAAUGUUUGGACGAUGUGGGAGGGCAUUGGCAUAAAGAGAGUUUAGGGGAGGACGUUGAGUUUGAGGACGGAAUAACUACGGCACACUUGCAACUUGCCUUGGCGGAUGUUAUAUUAUUAAACAAAAUUGAUAAAGUGUCUGACACCCAGCCCAUGACCCAAAGAAUCAGACAGAUAAAUCAAACCUCCCCUAUACAUACAACUAGUUUUGGAGAUAUUGAAAUUUCUAAGAUUUUGGAUCUUCAUGCAUUUGACGUUGACGCAAAAUUGACUACUUCUGAAACAUCAUUUCACGAUGACAGGAUAAGUACAGUUACCAUAACUUUUCCAUUUUUGGAAAAUGAAGAAGGGUUUUCCAAAGUGGAAAACUUUUUGCAGCAUGUUCUUUGGGAUAAUUUCGUAAAUGGCAAAAAUGUAGAAGUUCAUCGUAUGAAGGGUCUUUUAGUUCAUGGGAAUGAUGUGAGAGUGGUACAGGGUGUACGAGAUACAUAUGAAAUCAUAGAAAAUGGUAAGUUGUUGGAAGAAGUCAAGGAGAAUAAAUUAGUGUUUAUUGGUAAAAACUUGCAUCGUCCGGAUUUGCAAGAAGAGCUAAGUAAGUUUUUAUAA